AACAUGCGCAUGACAGAAGAAAUGAAAGCCGACGGAGUGAUGUAGAGUUCUAACCAAAACACUGCAGCUAUGUUCAAGAAAUUACGAACAAAGAUCGAGCAAGGGGUUGCUCAGAGCCCCCUGAAAGGUGCCCUUAGCUCUGCAUCAAAGGAGGACAUAUCGCAGAGUCCACAGCCUAUUGCGGAGAGCACACCAAAAAAAGAAAAUUUAAAUAACUCCCACCAGGUGGUACCAGACAAUGUGGGGGCCACACCCGGUAACGUUGCUGUCGGACAAUUGGUUGACAUUCCAUUACAGGACACUCCUGAUAACUCCACAGAUUUCACAUCAGCCCUAUCCUCACUUCCGGGGAAUGACGACACACCCAGAAUGUCACGAUCACGUACCUCAUCGAUAAGUUCUGUAACUAGUGAUAGUUCUUUUUUCAACACGAGUAUCGCAUCUCAGCACUAUUACCAGAUGCCUUCAGACAUCGAGAGCGAGGUUGAGGAAACAUCAAACCUGGACGGGUACUCGAAGGAAGACUUGUACAUGAUUGUCCGCAAGUUUGAACGGCGGUCUGUCAGAUAUAAAAGCAAAUUUAUGGAGCUUGCCAAUAUAUACAAAGACUUGACUCAGGAAAAAGACAAGAUUAAGAAUACUUUGACACAAACUCAAGAUCGGGCAUUCCGAAGAAUCUCAGAAUUGAAGGAGCAGAUUCAAUUAGAUGUGAUGGCCAAACGUGAUUUAGAGGAAAAUUACAGGCUGAUGUUAGAAGAAAAAGAUGAACACAUGAAAGUCUUCCAAACUCAGGUACGUCUACUGAAAGAGGGUAAGGAGUUGUCACCCGAGUUGUUGAAGAAGCUGGAACCUAAAGAAAAGCCAAAAUCCAUGCCUAACAGUAACACUCCAACGCCUGUGGACGGUGGGAAAGGGGAAGACGGUGAUGUCAAAACACUUACAGAAAAGGUGAAGAGACUCGAGGGACUGCUGAAUCGCUGUAAGGAAACCAUUAAGGCCAAUAAAGAGAAAGCUGUGCAGUUAGCAGCGGAAAAGGAACAUCUCCAGAAACAGGUGGAGGAAAAAAACAGGGAGACGGAAAAACUCAAGACAUCUGCAAAUCCUGAAGCCAUUGCCAAACUGCAGAACCAGAUGAAGGAGGCACGAAAAGUCAUAGAACAGUUGGAGACUGACCGCGAGCUCGCCAUCGCAGAGGUCAAGAAACAAGUUCACGAGGAGCUUGAGCUAAAAGAUCAAGAAUUGACAGACAUACGCAACCAGUGUCAAGUGCUACAAGUAGAAAACAAGGGGCUUGUGGAAAAAACUGAGAAACUUGAAAAACAAGUGCAAGACAAUCUUGAAAAGUCAAGGGAGAUAAUUAAAAAGCUAAAAGAAGAGAAAAGGAAGGUUUCUGUAGAGAUGGAAGAGCGAGUACAACAGACUGAGAAAGCUGUGGAGGAUGAGAAAGAGAAUCUCAUACAGGAACUGUCCCGGGCCAAGGUUGCAGCAGUCACAUGUCUACAGGAAGAGACAGAAAAGAAAGUCACUGCAUCUGUGGAGAGUGUUAGACAGGAGAGGGAUGAGUACUGGCAUAAACAGAUGGAGGAGCAGACUCGUCUCCACCAGGAAGUCCUAACGGCCAAGGUACAGGAAAAGGACUUUGAACUUAGCCAGUUACAGGAACAGAUUCACCGCCGUCUGGUCGAGAAGGAAGAGGAGAUGAAACUUAGCAAUGAGGAGAAGGAUUUACAGAAAAUGGCUGCUCUCUCCCAACAAGACAGCCUUAAGGGACAUCUUGAAGCGGAAGUCAGUCAGUUGAAACAGAUCAUCUUGGAAAAGGAAAAAGCCUUAUCCAAACUGACUGCAGACCUGAGCCAGCAGCGUGAGGGGUUAGAGACACAACUGGCCGAGGUACGACAGUCUUUCCAAGCCGAUAUGGAAGCACUGAAGACCCAACAUUACCAAGCCUUGACAGCCACAGAAGAGGCACACCAAAAAGAAUUGAUGGAGAAGAUUCAAACAUUAACUGAUCAACACUCGUCUGCCCUAGAGGAAAAUUCCAGACUACAUGAAGACUCACUUCAAGGUUCUGCAAAGGAAAUUGAAGCGUACUAUAAAAACCAGGUUAAAACUGUUAAGGAAAAUCUUGAGCAGCUUUUGCAAGAACGAAACCAGCAAGCAGAAAAAUUGGCUGAAAAUAUUCAACUUUUGAAAAAUGAAGUUGCAGCUAAAGAGGAAGGGAUCAGAACAUUGAAAGAGGAAUUUGAAUGUAAUAAAACAGAACUGGAAAAAAGGCUCAAGCAAGAAGCAGAAAUUUCCGAAAAACUUCGUAAAAAUCUGGAUAAUCUAAAAACACAAACUCAGAAAAAUCACACUGAUAUGGAAAAUGAGUCAUCUUAUUUCAAAGAGGAACUAAAAGAUUCUCAAGCAAAUCUGGAAAAAGUAGAAAAAGUGAACAAGGAGUUGUUUAGCCAAGUCAAGCAAAUGAGAGCAGAAAAAGACAAAAUUGAAGCCGAUUGGAAAGAGAAAUAUGACCUUACUCUCCAGGAACAUAACAACACCAUGUCUGCUAUUUCUGAAUCGUCUGAUGAGAGUUUAAAGCAUAUAACAGUUCAGCUGAUAGAAAAGGACAAAGAACUUCAGAUGCUGCAAACACAGCUGGAGGAAGCCCAGAAGAAUGUCAAGCAUUGGCAUCAGGUAGCUGAGGACGAAAGCCAAAUCCUGAAGGAAUCUGAUGACAAGUAUCAACGAGUUAAGGCCGAGAACCAACAGUUAGAGGACAAGAUCAGAACCUUCGAAAGUUCAUUGAGCGAGUCGUUGAAAAGCAAUGAGGAAUUAAAUGCCAAGGUCAAAGAAACACAGGAGCUGUUUAACACAAGUCAGCAGCAGAUUAUAGCAGAAAAAAUGUCAAUAGAAGAAAAAGUUUUGAAAUUACAGGAAGAUCUGGAUAAGAGGGAAGCCAUGGUGAAAGAAAAGGAUGAGAUCUUAGCUGUUCGGGAAGAAGAACUGACGGCCACGAAAGUCGUAGUACAAGAGACAUCAAGCAGUUCUAUGUCUUUAGAAAGUAGGGUCACUGAGUUAGAGGCAAUGGUGAAAUCCAAGGAGGAAAUGUUUGAAGAGAAAGAGGUUGAAAUGAAAAACAUGAAAGAUAAAUUCAAUCAGCUCAGAGUGGAAGCAAAAGGACGGAUAAAAGAACUUAAAGAUAAUUUGGAUGAAACAACACAAGUGAAAAUAAAAUAUGAAGAGGAGAAAAAUGAACUGACCAACCAACACAAUAUUCGCAUCAAAGAAUUGGAAGAAAUGAUUGAACAAGAGAAAUCAACUGUCAAAUCUCUUGAGGAGAGUUUCAAAGUGCAGUUUGAAGAGACACAGACAAAAAUGAAAGAAGCUAGGAUGAAAAUGAAGACAAAGUUUCAGGAAAUGUUAGCUACAAAAGAAUUAGAAUUCCAGAAUACCUUGUCUGAUUUGACGAAGCAGAAAGAACUUGGUAUGGAUGAUGUCAUGAAGAGUAUGGAAAGUGCGAAAGCCCAACAGAUUCUGGAACUUGAGGACCGACACAAAACUGAAAUACAAACCUUAAACGAAGAAUGGCACCAGAAAGUUAAGUCAGAGCAAGAGGUUGCUGAUCAGAAAGCGAAGGAGCUAAUCCAACAGCAUGAGGAGACUGUCUGUUCAAUAAAGACUUCUCAUUCAAGUGAAAUUGAAGACAUAAGUAAGAAAUACAAGUCUGAAAAAAGUGUCUAUGAAAUGCAGGUAGAGAAAUUAAAGACAGAUCUAGAAAGUGUGAAAGUGGAAGGAGAACAUUCUUUGAAAGAACUUCUACAACAGAAAGAAGAUGAAAAGAAAUCUCUUGAGGAAAACCACGAGAAAACUUUAGGAUCUUUGCAACAGCAGAUUUCUGAUUCUGGUGCUAAGCUACAGGAGCUUUCAGAUGAAGUGAAGACAUUGGUGACUGAGAAAGAAAAAGUGUGUGAGUCUUUACAACAGAAGGAAAAUGAGUUGAGUAAGCUUAAGGAGGGACAAGAGAAGAUGUUAGAAUCUAUAAAACAGGAGAGUUCCGAUUCUGGUGCUAGAUUGCAAGAACUUUCUGAUAAAUUAAAAGCAAUGGAGGAAGAAAAGGAAAACUUAAAUCAGAGUUUGAAAAUGCAGGAACAGCAAUGUGAAGAAAAAGUUACACUCUUGGGUGAGGUAGAAAAACAAAGCAAGGAUCGUGAAAUGUCUUUGGAGCAAAAUAUUGAGGAACUCAACCAAAAACUAGUUAUGGUGUCGGAAAAACAUGAACAGGAAAUCCAGGAAAAGGAUAGUAUAGUGACACAAUCAGCAGAACGGAUCACUCAGUUGGAAACAGCUAACGUAUCCAUGGAGGAAAUGUUGAGAGCUCUAAGUGAAAGUGCCCAAAACAAAGAUGACAAAAUUCAAUCACUUACUGAUGAAUUCGAAGAAACCAUACAAAAAAUGAAAGCCGCAAAUGAAAAACAAUCCGAGGAACUUGAUAAACUUAUUGUGGAAUUGAAGCAACAGGUGAAAGAGAGUAAUUCUACUCUGGCAGAGAAAGAAGCCAAGUUUGAAGAAAUGUCAAAACAAGUUCAGAAUGACCAUGAAUGUAAGAUGGAAGAGAUGAAGACAGAAUAUGAGAAAAGAUUGUCGGACAUGAUGGUGAACGAUGAAGAACUCCAGGCAAACCUGACACAGCUGCGAAACAAAGUGACAGAGACAGAGGAAAAGCUACACGAAUGUAUCCAGAAUUAUGAAAAUCAGAUUGAAAAGUUAAAAAUCAAACUGGAUUCCCAAGAGACAGUAUUUGGCAAAGAGAGGGAAAUGUUAAAGCAACAGCUUCUGGAUGCUGAAGGUCAAGCUAAAAUGACUACAGAAGGCCUGCAAACAUCAUUACAAACCAAGGUGCGAGACGCAGAGGAUAAAAUCAUAGAACAGAAUAAAAACUUUGUGGAGGAGAAAGAAAAGAUUGAAGAAUCUUGGAAAGCAAAGUUCCAAGAGUUGAAAAACACAUACAAGUUAAAAUUGAAAGAAUUUAAAACCAAGAAUGAUGAACGCAUUGCAGAACUUACAGAGAAGUCUAGGAGUGAUUGUGAGGCACUGCAGGCAAGUUUGAAAGCUGCUGAGGAAAAACUCCAAACAGAGGUUGCAGCAAAAGACGACAUUUCAUCAGAACUUGUUAUGGCCAACACCAAGCUGCUACAACUCCAGGAAACUUCAGGUGCUAACAAAAACGCUAUAAUUGACCUGGAACGAAUAGUGGAAGAAAAAGAAAAAAUGUUAUCAGAUUACAAAUCUGAACUGGAAGAAGUUCGAGGAAACCUUUCUUCAAAGGAGGAGCAGUGUGUUUCCACACAGACCAAACUUGGAAAUGUGGAAAAUGAGUUCAGGCUGAAGUUAGAAGAGUGUGAAAAAACAAUUGCUACAGAACAACAAGAAAAAAUGAACUUUGAAACUAAGGGCUUAGAUUUAGAAAAUGAUAUAUCUCGGUUAAAAGAAAGUUUGUCAGCCUCGGAAGAAAAGUGUGUUAGUGUGCAGAAAGACUUUGAAAAUUUGAAGAAAAGCUUGACCGAUGUGAGUGGGGCUUCACAAGGGCUGGAGGAAAGGGUCUCGGCUCUGCUUCAAGAGAAGGAAGAAAUGAGAGACAAGCAUCAUCGCGAAAAAACUGAAAUUGUACAGAAACAAGCCGACAUUGAAGCAAAAAGUGUGGAGCUCCAGAAAAGUUUCCAGGAUCAAGUUAGUGAACUCAAUGCGCAGUAUGAAUUGGAUAAUUUGAAACUGUCUGAAGAAUGUGAAAAAGAAAAAUGUGAAAAAGAAAGACUAGUGAAAGAGCUUGAACAAGAGAAAUCAGGCAGAGUGAAAAUGGUGGAAGAAAUGGAGGGAGAGAAAAAUAAUUGCCAGAAACUUUGUGAGGAUUUAGAAACAGAGAAAACAGCAAAGGGGAAACUUAUUGAGGAUUUUGAACGGGAGAGAUUAGAAAUGAAAAAUGAUCUAGAAAAAACUAUGACAGAAUUAAAAGAGCAGUCGAGGAAAGAAAUGGAGGAAACAACCAAAACUUUGGAAGCAGAGAAUGCUAGUAAAGUAGCGGAGUACAAAAAGAAAGCGGAGGCUUACAUAUCACAGAUUAAACGACAGCUUCAAGAGGAGAGGGAUAAAUUAGCGAAGGAAAAGGAAGGCACAGUUGGAGAAUUAGAUCAGAAACUAACCGAGUGUAGUGAAAAACUGACUGUCGCAGAGUCAAAAUGUUUUGAUCUGCAGCAGGCAUUAGACACAGCAAAGGCUGAAAAAGAAAGUGUUGUUUCACAAUUAGAAAAGGAAAAGCAGCAUUUAGAGACAUUGUAUACCCAGGAACAGUCAUCGCGUGAAUCACUUGUGCGUGAACAGUUACAAAUGAGUGAAUCUAGUCGAUCAACAGAGGAGACAUUACGAGAAAAUGUGAAUUGCUUGGAACAAGAUUGUGAAAAAUUGACAUCUCGUGUGAAAGGUUUAGAGGAUGAGAAAAGGACUGUGAAAGAAAGCAGUGAUUCUGAAAUUAAGAAACUAAAAAACACUUGCAAAAAAGUUGAGAAAGACUUCCACAGUUUCAAAAUUGAGUCUGAGGAAGAGAUAGAUCAAUUGAAAAAUGAACAAACAUUAGAAUUAGAAAAAAUGAAGCAACACUAUGGCGAGUUGAUUCAGGACAAGGAGAACGACCAUGUGUCCAAAAUUAAACAACUUGUCAAAGAGUUUGAUAAAAAAUUGGGAACAAAGGACCGUGAUUUUGAAAGUACAUUUUCUGAAGCUGUUGAGAAGAGUAAUCGAGAGGAGAACCGUUUGAUGUUUGAACAUAAGCAGGCUAUGGAGGAACUGCAUCAUGAACUCCACGAGAAAGAUGAUUCCAUGGAGGAGAUGAGAAAUGAGCUGCUAGAGCAGAUCAAGAAAUCUGAAGAGGAAUCAAAUGCAAAAAUUAGUGAAUUGGAACAAAGACUGUUCGAAGAAAACCAGAAACAUCAGUUAGAGAUCACAGAUUUACAACAAAAACAUGAAGUUAGCAUUUGGGAACUUCAAGAAAAAUUGAAACAGACACAGGAGAAAAGCCUGGAGGUCAAAGAGGUCAUCCAUAAAGAGGAAGUUCAGUCUCUCACACAGGAGUGGAACACAGAGAGAAAGUCCGGAAGCUUACAGCUAGCUGGUGAUCCAAGUGUCAUAGAGCCUGAGGAGUUGCUGCAUCACAACCAACUGGCCAUUAGUGCUCUACAGAGUGGCAACACCAGCGGUCAUCUCCUACAGAAACAGGUCAUCGAACUGACCAGUCACAUCCGAGAACUAAAGGAGAGGCACAGACUGGAGUUAGCCGAAGCUCAGGGUCGUUUCGAACAGAACUCCUUACCCACGGCUCUACUGGACAGGCCACUGCCGACACAACCAGCUCGAAAAAGAGUGACGUUUGACCUCUCUGACCCCAACCUGGAGAGUGAUAUCCAGGAUCUGGAGCUGACAAACAUGGACCUGCAGACCUACUUAGAACAAGGAGAACAUGUCACUUCAGCCAUGACAUUGGCUCAGGUUCAGCAGCUGAGUGGAGAGAUCACCCAGAGCAGGAUUAGAGAGCGGGAACUGCAUCAGAAGAUUAAUACUCUGGACAAGAGACCAGCACAGUUAUCCAUUGACUCCCCGCCCCUCAGUCCUGGCUUUGCUACAGAUGGCACCGCAUACGGACCCCUUCUAAAUGAACCAACACAGAUAGAGUACCUCCGUAAUAUCUUGUUCCAGUAUAUGAUGGGCAAAGAGACCAAGACAUUAGCUCGAGUCAUUGGCACGAUUGUCAAGUUCUCGGAUGACCAGACGAGGAAGAUCAUAGCCAAAGAAGACACUAGAGCUGCUAUCCAAAAGAUGUAGAACAGAGACAAAGGAAUACUGGGAUGGAUGCCUUCGCCAAUGCAUUGACGAGUUUGAGUGUGGUUUAUCACAUACAUCAGAUGGAUAAUAACCUGGUAUUCAUUAUGUAGACCACUCUUGGGAAUUUGAUAAAACUAUGUUACUCUUUUGACACCCAGUGUACCACGAGUUUCACUAUUUUUAAGCUCACCAAGAGCUAGCAGAAUAUCGCGGCAGAUCCAGAAAAGUGGCCUAUUUAUAAAUGUGUGAACAUCUGUGUACCGACCACUAAUGGAAAACUUUGUGGAGUCCUUAAAGGAUUUAAAGGAAAUGAUGGUAUUUAUUGAGUAAAUAUGUGUAUGUAUGUGUAAUAUUUCUGCCUCCAUAAAAAAGGUAAUUCUUUUUAGGGGUAAAGAAUUAUUUAUUGAAUAUAGGAAUGCGGCAUCUUGAUUAUUGGUCGGAUGAUCCAAAGAUUGUGUUUUUUUUCUUUGCGUGGUUAUCUUGUAUCUGGUUGUGUGUGGGUUUGAUGAAAAUGAGGUAGCUGCUGAAAAAUUUGGUCAUGAAUGAAUUUUUAUUACAAGUUAUAAUCAGAAUCAUACAUAUAUAUUACAAAUAUAUAUUGUACAUGUAGUGAAAAUAAUCUUUGUUGUUUUGAUUUUGAAGAGCAUUUGAUUUGAUAAUGAAAGUGUAUUAUAUUUUCAGUUUUUAUGAAGCCAAAUUUAAAAAUAUUCAAUAUUUGAAUACUUUGUUCUGCAUUUAGCAAUCGGAAAAUACUGAAUGAUGAAAGUGUUUGUCCUGCUUCAUGUCAGCCUCAUUAAAUCUCAACUAACCUUGUCAUAUAUGAGAGAAAAAAUACUCCUUCAUAUAUAUGAGGGGGGUCAAAAAAGGUAGUAAAAUUCUUGGGAUUAUGUUUUGCGAUCCCUUGAGCUGGAACAUCCUUAGCAAAAAUGCAAGAGUCCUAUAGCCAUGUAGUAAUACCACGGUAAUUUGGAUGGUCCAAGUGGUUUUCUUUAACGGGAUUGAUAAUUUGGCUCUGGUAGAUAUAACCAUGAAAAAUUAAUUUUGUUAUUUUAAAUUUUGAUUGUUACUUGUUGAUGAAGAUGUUCAAUUUGACAUACUUAGUAGUUAAUAUCAGGCUACUGAGAGUUUGUUUAGAGGAUUAUAAGUGUGAUGUUUGGCUAAACUUGGUUGCAUUGAUAUUUAAUUUGUUCAGAAAACUAUUGGUUUACUGUGAUUUAUUUGUUUUGCUCCUUUAAGAUUUCUAUGACAGCUGUGGGGGAUUCAUUCAAUCAUAACUGGGUUAUUUCAUCUUCAUUUAGAGUUAUCUUCUCUUAUUGCAUCUCCAAAAUGAUGCAUUAUGGGAUUACUUUGUUUAAUGUAUAUAAAGAUAUUUAUUUGUUACCAACAGGCAAUUUAAGAAUUACACAUAUUAUACAUGGUAUAUUGUAUAUAUAUGUGUUCAACUGUCUAUUACAUAGUAUAUAGGAGAUAGAGUGCAUUAGGUCAGCAAGCCGCCAGAUGAUUUAUAUAUGGCCUAUCAAAUGUGCAUUUGGUCAGGUACAGUUUAUUAAAAACUUGCAUAUGAGUUAAAACAUGGACUUGAAUAUAAAAUAUAUUAUAUGACUGGUUUAAAUGAGUGAAACAUCAUACGUCCUUGUGCUGUUUCCAAGUAUGCAUCGGUAUAUUGGGUUAGCUUCAUUGUUGGGUCCCAUGAACAGCCAUGGUUACUUCGUGGGAGCAUCUCCUUGUAGUAGCUGAUCUCUACCUCACUGAACAAAGCAUGAGAGGACGGUCACAUGUUAUUUAGGGCAUUAAUAGGGUUAAUUGUCUAACCAAACGACAUGACCACAAUAUUGAAGAGCACAACAUGUGAUCUCGGCUUUCUGAAAAACACAAACCACCCUGGGUAGGGUUCAGACCACAAACCUCUUAUUGAUCGGCAUCAAGAGGAUACAUUGUCCGGUGCACUUGAGCUGCGAUGAGUACUGGCAGAGUUACUUACCAUAGUCUCCAGUAUAUUUAAGUAAUAUUACUCUUUAAACUUAUUUUCAUGGUUUGCAACUUUCCAUUUGUUCUCGGAGGCAGUUCCCAAUGCCCCGAUGGAAAUUUUCACCAAAUUAGAAAUAAUUUUUAUAUUUUGAUUAAGUGGUUCAUGAUUGUUAUAAAUUUACAAUGGUGAAAUGGAAUAAUGCAUAUACACAUAAAAAGUUAUCCUUUUCUCAGAUGUGUUCAUAGGCUCUACCAAUUUAAAUUAUCUCCAUCUGUUAAAUUAUCUCCAUCUUAUUGCACAUGGCAACAACUCGAUAAGUCAAAUUUUUAUAUCUGUUUCUAGUGUUCUUUAUGAUCUCUUCCCUUUUUUGUUUUUGUUUCUGUUUAUGUACUUUUGUUCAGCUUUUAUAUACUGCAAUGGUUGUUUCCUGAGUGGUUCAAUCAUUUAGUGCUGUUACCAAAAGUUUGAGAGCAAAAUUGAUUUUGUUUUGGUGCAAAACUAAUGAAAUUGACCAUAAACUUUCUUUUGAUAAUUACUUUUUCAAGGUGUCUUUUUUCUUUUUUUUUUUUGUAUGUGCAAAAAAAUAACAGGAAAAAGAAACCAUCAGAAAUAACAACCUCUAUAGUAUAUGUAUUGACUGUGUGCUUCUGUUUUGUUCUGUAAAUGCAUGUACAGUAUGUGUAUCUAUAUAUUUAAAAAUACCGUAAUUAUCUGCAAAUCAGCUAAUGACCACAAAUAAGCUGCAGGACCUUCAUUUUUGCAGAAUCAUCAAUUUUGAAAUUAUAGUUAGCUAAAGUAGUUCACAAGUAAGCCCUCCCCAAACUUACUGGACUUUAGUUUAGGUAAGGAUACAUGUAAAUGUAUAGUACUAAACUUUUAAACUGGGGAGAGGGAGCUCAUUUGAGGAUAAAUAUGACAUUAUGGGAGAGUUUUUUAAAGGAUAAAUAUGAUACUAAAUUUAAGAAUAGAUACAGUACUAAACUUCUACACUAGGGGAGGGGCUUAUAUGAGCAUAAAUAUGGUAUUAAAUCUUUAUAUUUCGGGAGGGGGCUCAUUUGAGGAUAAGUAUGGUAUUAAACCUUUAUACAAGGAGAGGGGGCUUAUUUGAGGAUUAUUAUGGUAGCCUGCAGUUAGCAAUAUUAAUUAGCAAAGUCUGUGAUUACAAAUCUGCUAAGUAUUUAAUCAUUAUUUUUUAUCUUUACGCUCUUGUUUAUGUGUGCUGGUUUUGCUUUGUUUAUUAAAUUAUUUGUUUAUAAGUGCUUUGUAAACACCAAUGUACUUAAAGCGCUUUUUCUUUUUAUACAUUUCUAUAUUAUUCAGAAGAUUUUAUGGAUGUGUUCGUAUUCACUCCUGAAGAUUUUAAAUAGUCAUGACAUUAAAUCUGUUAUAGAAACAUAUCGGAUUAUAAUUAAAUUUUACUAUGAAAACUGUAUUAUACAUGUGUAGGGGAAAUGAAUUAAGUUACCUGUGCAUGUAAUUAUGAAUUUUUCAAACUCAAGUUCUAUGCUUUUGCUCAUGAUCAGCUCCUUGUAAUUAUAAUGAACCUUUUUGAGGAACAUUGAGAGUUGACGCAGAAAUACUGUUUUGGGUGUCAGAAUUUUACUAUUUGAUUGUGUGGUAUGAAAUAAUUAGUCAAAAGAAAUUUGAGCACAGAAUUCAUGGUUAUUCAUAAGAACUGUUUCAUAAUCCUGAUACCAGAGCAUGGGGAAAUGCUGAAUCUACAGGUCUGGAUAGAGCACAGCCUUGUUGGAUUCUUGACACAAAUGACCAAGUAGAGUCUUUUGGGUUUCCGAUAAUACGGUUGUAGCUGGCAUUGAUUUUAUCAAGGUUCCUUAAUUUAACAAUAUUUGUUAGCUAGAAAUUAUUAUUGGGUUUAAGGGAAAAAUCUUAAUUGAGGAACUUUCUUAAAUUUCUGUAUUGCUUUCUUAUGGAAAAUUUGAAGUUAAGGAAUUUUGAUUCUGUACUUUUUCCUAUGCAGAAUUUUAAGGAAUUUCUUUCCUGUUAAGGUGAAACCAGGGCCAUAUAUUAUGAUAAUUGGUUCAAAUGUCCACAUCUAGGCACAUCUAUGAUAAAAAAACAGGAGGAGAGGUAGAGAUGUAAUAACAAUGUAUUGUUCUUUUGUCAGCAAUGUAUGUAGCCGGUGUUAAGACCGUUGUAAAGAUUUAUAAAGGCAUCUUGUGCAGGAUUGUGAAUUCGUGAACAUAAAAUAUCCAUAGUUCUGGAAAAAAAAUAACAUUAAUCAUUUUCCAUUUUGACUGGGUAUCUUGAUAAAUGAAUUGUGUUUAAAACACAUAUUUUGGAAAAGUUAAGAUUAUGGUGUUUGAAUGAGGGUGAUGCAAAGCAUUUUACAUUAUGGGAGAUUUUAAAGGUUUUGACAUGUGAAAAAGGGUCAUGUAAAACUAGUCUAGCCAAUUAGGGAACUUUACAGGGGAGAUAAUUGUUUCUUGCAUUGGCCAAUUUCAAUGACAUCAUAUAUAAGAAGAUAUGCCAUUUAGGGACCACAAUUGGAAAUUGAUACAGGUUUUAAUAUAAUUUACAAACAUAUUAUACAUUUGAUAUAGAAAAUGUCACUGCAUUGAUAUAUGGUAUAGCUUUGGUAGUCCUUUUAACUUUGAUCCCAGCAAAUAUUUCUUAAUUGUUGAUUGUGAAAAAAAAAAAAAAAUGUUACUACCCAUAAGACAGUUUCUUUUAAAAGGUUAAAUUUGUCCCCAGAGCACUGGCUCACUAGGAUAACCAAGGGGUGUUUGAGUUAAUUAGGAACCUACCUGACAAAGAUACUAUGGCAUGAAUGAAAGAUAAUUAUUUUUGUUUGUAAUGUUAAACCAAACCAGUCUCUUGCCUUUCUACAUUUUGCUUAGCUUGAAAUUUUAGAGGGAAAUGCUUGUUUUUUGCAUUGCAUGGAGUAAUGUAAUUUGAGAGAAAUACCGUCCUAUAUUUCAUUAUAUGUACAGAAAUGUAUACAGCUGUAUGUCAGUUUUAUCAGUCCUGGCUUGCCUUUUUGGAUUCUGUGAAAUGAAAUUUUCAACAAAGCUAUUAAUAGGUUGUGUAAAACUGCUUUAAAAGUGAAUGAACAGAUAUGUGCAUUAAAAGAAUAUUGUGUAAAAAAUGAAACAGACUCUUUGAAGCAAAAAUUGUUUUGAUAAAUCCUGAUCAAUGCUCUGUUGAUAAUAAAUUAUCAUUAAAUCUUUUAAUUAAAUAAGCUUUCCUGUAAGAUAAGACAAUAUUAACUAUAUGCAUGUAUGAUUUCAAAAUAAUCACAGAAUAAUUUUUAAAUUGUGUUAUUAAAGUAAUGAAAAUUUAUUGUGAAAAUUGCACCAACAAUUCUUAAUUACAUGUAUUGUUAUCUGCAGCACAGACUGUGCCACUUGCCUUUAUUGUCAUUGUUUACCUCAUGAAGGUGCUACUUGUUUCACAAAUUGAUCUUGUGAUGAAUCUUUUUCAAUUUUGACCUCAGCACCCCGGAUAAGUAGAAAUGUGAUUACAUGUGCAACACUUUCCAAAAUUAAUGGUAAAUGUAAUUUGUAAAUUUCAAUUUCCAUAGAAUCUUGGUAUGCACAAAACUGAUAUAUUAUGUCAUUUACCAGAGCUUUUAUACUCCAGUUCUUUUCCAGUUCUUAGAAUAAGAAAUCUGUUUUAAUAUCACUCAGUAUUGUAACUAUAGCUUUAAAUGAAUCCAUGGUAUGGUUUAGAAGCAUUCAGUUGAAAUUACUUUUUUAAUAUUUGUUUUGACUAUACAUGUCGUUACUGAUAUCAGUUGCAGUUAACAUUCCACGACAACCAUUCGUAACACCACCAUCCAACUAAACAGUUCAGUCUUCUAAUGAUCCUUUAUAUAAGAUUAAGUGUGUAAGGAAAUGAGCUUGUAGCUUUGUAAUUGAUGCCUGUAUGUGGAGCGUAUUUGUGGAAUCUUUGUUUCUGAAGCAGACCAUGCACAGCUUCUCGUUGUAAUGGGUUAUGUGCAAUUAAGUGCGUGACUUUAAAAGAGAUUUAUCAAUCAUCUGGGCUCUAUUUCAUCAAUAUUCUUUAAUUUUAAGGAGCUCCUUAAGUCGACAUUUCCCGUAGAUUUAAGAAAUUUCUUGAGGGAUUUUAGGUUAAAGAAUGGUGAUGAACCGAGGCCAGUACAUGUACAGAAGAUUUGAAUUGUUUGUUGAAAAUAGAACAAUAGUUUUAUCACAUUAUUUGAAUGUGUAUGUCACGUGAUAAACUCUAAGUAUAUGAUGAAUACAAUAUUGAUAUAUGGCUAUUAAAGAAACAUAUAUUUCACUCUAUUUAA